AUGUCUGGUGACAUGAUCGUGUUCUCCUCUCUUACUCCUUUAGAUGGUGGUACUGUGACUUUUGGAAGGGGACAUUGGUCUGAAGUUAUAGGUGAAGGCACUGUGGAUAUCCUUGAGUUGCCUCAGCUCAAGAAUGUUAGGUAUGUCAAAGGACUUACAUCCAAUCUAAUUAGUGUAAGUCAACUAUGUGAUGAUGCUGUAGUUGAAGUUAGGUUCUCUAAGUCAAGGUGUAAGAUCAUUGGAGAAGGAGGAAAUGAUAUUGUGAGUGUAGCAAGGUCAAGGGAUAAUUGCUAUUGUAUUGAUUGGACAACUUAUGCUAGGCAAGCUGUGUGCAACAAGGCUAUAAAUGAUACAAGUGUCUUAUGGCAUCAAAGGCUUGCUCACACGAAUUUUAAGGAUAUGCAUAAAUUGUCAAAAAGGGUGCUUGUGAAUGGUAUUCCAAAGCUAGAGAAAUCUUUGCAACAUGUUUGUGAAGGUUGUGUUUGGGCCUAA